AACAAGUCAAAAAAGCUUCAACACAACUUAACUGAACAACUCAACAACUCGUCUUCAUCGGAUCAGAGACAUGACCUCAAAUCAGGUUGAGAUUGCAGCCCUCGGCCGGCCGUUCGCCUUGGGAAUGCUGUAUGAUGCUCGCAAAGAUCUGCUGAUAACAGGUUUCACACUUUGCAACACAGAAACAAUCAAAAAGAACAGUUCUACUAAGGCUCAGAACAGCAGCUCUUAUCAUGUUACUGCAUCCGACACCCUUGAAUCCAAGUCUUCUUUGCUGGAUGUGAACGUGUCCCUUAAAGCCAGUAUCCUGGGUGGUCUGGUUGAGGUUGGAGGAUCUGCCAGUUAUCUGAAUGAUACGAAAAAAUAUAAGAACCAGAGCAGAAUCACCCUUCAGUACAAAGCCACAACCACAUACGAACAUCUGUCUCUGUCUCAUGUUGGAAAGAAGGAACUGGACGCUAAAUGUUUUAGUCCAGAUUUCAGUGCAACACAUGUGGUGACAGGCAUACUCUACGGAGCAAAUGCCUUUUUUGUGUUUGACAGUGAGAAGUUAGAUUCCAGCAGUCUUCAGAAGAUUGGAGCCAGCGCAGAAGUUGCAAUUAACAAAAUUCCAAUCUUUAGUUUUGAGGCGAAAGUUAAAAUAGAGCUCACUGAUGAAGAAAAAGCUGUAACUAAUAAGUUCUCCUGCAAAUUCUACGGAGACCUAAUUCUCGACAAGAACCCUGCAUCCUUUGAGGAUGCAGUGAAGACGUACGCCCGGCUUCCAGAGCUCCUUGGAAAAAAUGGAGAGAACUCAGUUCCUAUUAAGGUCUGGCUGACUCCUCUGAAGAAUCUGGAACCAUCUGCGUCAGAGCUGAUGGGAGACUUUUCUGUUGGUUUGGUCAGAAAAGCCACCAACACUCUGGAAAGUAUCAGAGAAAUGCAAAUGAGGUGCAAUGAGGCUCUGGAUGAGAAAGUGGUGGAAUGUUUUCCGGAGCUUUAUAAAAAGUAUAAGCGCUUCCAUGAUCUCUGUAAUGACUACACAACAAUGCUCAGGAAAACCAUGCAGAAGAAGAUUCCCUUGAUUCGUGACGGUAAAGAAGAUGAAAAGUCUGUAGACAAACUCCUUGAUGACCACAAACAGUCUCCAUUCUGUGAGGAACACUUAGAUAGGUGGUUAGACAACGCAGAGAGAGAAAUCAACAUCAUCAAAUCAUGUGUAGACAUUAUGGAAGGAAUCAAGACCGUCCCAGAUGAGUCUGACUUGGACAGAGAAGCUCUGGCUGCGGGUGUAGAAAAUGCUCUCUGCUUUGUUUUCACCUCUGUGGAAACUGUCGACCCCUUCACUGAGCAGAUGACCAAAUAUUUGAGCAGAGAUACGACAGCACCACCACCCAGUGUGACUGCACCCACGAAGGACCACUGGUUCUUCUCCAAUGAGAUCGUAGCCAACAUGAGGAAAAAAGCCAAAGUGUUCCACCAAAUUGGCAAGAACCUAAAAAGCAGCAGGAAAUUUUGUUUCCUUGUCGCAGUUCUUCCAAAUAGGAAAUUCAAAGGAGCAACCAUCUACCAGUACAUUGAGGGUAUUCUAAAAACUGAAGACUUCUCAAAACCUGUUAUUGCUGAUGUCACAACCAACUUAGAUCGAAGAGAUCUCUUAUACUACUACUGUGAUCUUACCUUGGACCCAAACACAGCCGCUGACUCUCUCAAACUCUCUGAGGGAAACAAGAAGGCAACGCAGAUGUGGAGAAUGAAGCCUCCGGAUGGUUCUAUUCCCCUUGUUAUGUGCACAGAAGGCCUGACCGGUCGUCAUUACUUUGAGGUCACAUGGAGCUCAGUUGAGUUCACAUACACAGGCGUACUUCUUGUAUGCACUGGAGAAAAACCUGGAAAGCAAAAAACAUUUGAGGAUUAUCACAAAUAUUAUAAUUUUUAUAAUACACGGAAGAUUACGGCAGGCCAAAGCCACGCCAUGAGCUAUGUUGUUGAUCCUCCUAUAGGAUGCAACAGGUUUGGGGUGUACCUGGACUACCCUGCUGGUUCUGUGUCCUUCUUUGCUGUUUGUGGAAAAAGUCUGCAUCACCUGCAAACCUUUUAUUCCAACUUCUCUGAUCCAGUUUACCCAGGUCUUUACGCGAUACUGGAUGAUAACUAUGCAACCUUCUGCCCAGCUGAUUAACUGAUCGGCAGAUGUUGGUGAUGGACUUGGUUUGGUCACGAUUUUUUGUACAGCUAAAAGUAAAGCAAACUGAAAACAUGAGCUGUUUAGCCUGCUGUGGUAUUUUAUCUCAUUUUCUAAAUCUAUCAGAUUGUCAAGUCAUAAGGAACUAUUUUUGGACAUAGAUGCGAUAUAUGUUUUGCUUUGUUGUGUAAAGCUUACGUUGAGCUUGAGAAUUUUUCAUUCUGAUUUGUGUUGAGGCGAACACAUAUCCUUUUGUGUUUAUCAGUUUUGUGUUUUUGUUCACAGCUGUAAAACAAAUUAAAUGUAUAUAUCAUGUAAAACAUUGAGCUUCACAUAAAUGAUUAAAUAAUAAUCCAAGUAGUGAGCAAGACAAAACCAUGGUCCAGGUUUUUCUGACAUUUAAUGCUGGAUUUUUAGAUAUUUUGGCUAAGUUUUCUAUUUCAAGGAAAUGUGCUGCAUGCUGUCUUUGACCGUGUGAAAUGCUGCCCCCUGGUGGAAAUAAUCAAUAAAGUUGGAUCCUGAGUUGAA